AUGGACGUGCUUGCUAGAGCGGCCGUUGCCGAGAUCAGUCAACUCUUUUCUGAGAGCUCGGCUGAUUUGCACUUGGAGAUUUCUCGCAGCUACAAAGACAACGAAGCGCUGAAGAAGAAGAUGAAGGGGAUGAAGAGCGAGCUUUUCUCCCUGCGGCUACAACGGGCGAGUACACCGCGGGGCAGUCGUUUUUCUUUCGGCAGAACUUGCUGCAGGCCUCGGGCAAAACUCACAGGUUGGUUCAGGUUCUCGAAAUGCUGCUAGCUGGGCGACCAGUCAAUUGAUCAUAGUAUGUUGGAAGGGGAAUGGUUUUUGACCUUUGCUCUUACUCAUAGAUAAGACACCUGAGCGCCAUGCGGCUGUUAACAGCAGGGAUGAUGCUUCUAUUACAUCCACAGUCAAAAAAGAGGUGUGGCAAUAAUAGCUCAUCACACAUUUCUGACAUAGGCUACUACUACUAUAUAAAUAUUUACAUGUCUGACUGACUGUGUAAAUGUGUGACUGUUUUAUGGUUCAGUGUGCAGUUGUGGAGAGUCCAGAUGUCAUCUUGAUAAAGAAGGAGGAGGGAGCUGAGGAUGACUUUGGAGGAUGUGGGCCAGAUGCAGGUGUGUGGAGGAGGAAGAAGAUGAUGGGAUGGUAUAUAGACAAUUGACAACCAGAUAACUAACAGAUUACAUUAUAAUUUUGUUUUCUGUAGGUCAUGACGAUAUUGGUGGUGAGACUAUUGCCAUGGUGACUCCACAGCUGGAACAUGUCACCCAGAGACUAGGUCAGGAUGAAGGACCGUACAGCAUGAGUGCUCAUGGUCGAGGUGAAGGAGCUCUGUGCAGCGUGAGCGGGUACUGAGAACUACCCUUUCUUCAGAGCCCCAGAACUGCCCCAGAGAUUGCCCUCACACUCUAGUCUGCUGUCUGACCACACUGUCAACCAUCAGAUACAGCUGAACACUCAUUCUAUUGGGGAACCACUGCCAGGCAACCCUCCAAUGAGGGGGGUGCAAAGUGACAGAGGGGGUCUGCCGACAGGGGAUACAGGAGGACGGGGUCUGAAAAUCAUCCAGGUAGCUUCCCUAGAAAGCACCCCAACGACCCCAACAACAACCUUGGCAACAGGGGGUGCGACUGUGAGGCGCCCUAGUCUUGUAAACCAGUUCCAGCGCCACCACGUACCCCACAGUACCAAGCCAUUGCUCUGUAGCGACUGUGGGAAGCGCUUCUCUCGCCGGCUUGACUUGAUCCGCCACCGGGCGGUCCACACAGGAGAGACGCCUGUCAUAUGCAACCUGUGCGGGAACUCGUUUGUCAACAAGACAACUCUGAGGGUCCAUAUGCGCAUCCACACAGGGGAGAAACCGUACAUGUGUUCCCUGUGUGGGAAGGGCUUCACCCAGAAAGGCAGUCUGACCAUCCACCUGAGGACCCACUCUGGGGAGAAACCCUACAGCUGCUCCCACUGUGGAGCCUCAUUCAACAACCACAGCAACCUGCGCAGACAUAUGGUCACACACCUAGAGCAGGCAGGGACGCUGACACUCUGA